ACCGAGUUGUCAUUGCACUCACCUGGCUGUCCCUGACAAAGAGCUGCGAUGGGUUCGGAUCGCCCUUUUGCCUGCAGCGCAUGUUCGCAGACAUUCACGCGAAAUGUGAGCGGAUCGGUAUUCAUACCAUCUAUUCGGAAGCACUGACCUCUUUCGAUCCCGUAGGAGAACCUAGACAUGGGGAUAGCACGUGCAAUAAGCCAUAUGCAUGUUUCUCCUGCAACGCAUCAUUUUCAAGAAGGGAUGUGUGCAAACGCCAUGUCGAGAGAUGCCGUGGCAUCCCAACUCACCCCUCUCGUCGAGAAGCAUCUGAAGAGGCAAUUAGGGAAACGAUCCAGAUUCAGAACUCAUCUGUUAGUCCACAGGAGGUCUUUACAAGCCCAAAGGUCGUCGUUAUCAGCCCAGAAAAUCACCAAGAUUCUUGGGGACAAACACUCUCUCACCUAUCUCCACCAGAUAAUGGAUUCCUCAUGACGAGCUAUGACUCUCACAUAUCAGCAUACUUUGAUUAUUUCCACCCUUCAUUUCCGCUGCUCCAUCGAUCCACAGCACUUGGUACGGGCCCUCAAUCGCUAAAGAGCAUGGCUCUUGCCAUAGGCAGUGUUUACAGCGCUCGGAAACUCCCUGAAGAUGAAAUUUCGUCCGGUCUGCGUGAAAGUCGAGAUGUCUGGGACACUGUUUACGCUCACCUUUAUACCAUUAUGGAUUCAGAUUGGCAGAGCCUUCGGAAACCAGGUGUUAUUCAAGCCUCGAUCCUGUGCAUUAUAUAUGGCGCCUACAUGGGCGAGCCUUCGCACUAUAGCAAGGCCAGAAAGAUGCUGCGAGCUCUUGUAGAUGAACUUGGCUUGCUCACGCAAACAUUAGUUCUAACAUCUCCCCGAUCCUGGAUUCAAGCCUACGAUGAUUCUCCCAACAAUCACGCCCCAUCAUUGCAUGAAAGCUGGAUGAGUUAUGUGGAAGAAGAAGCCAUGAAACUUGCCAUCUAUAGCCUUCUUUUCCUGGACUUCCACAUUUUUUAUCCAUGCAAUAUCAGGUCCAUUACAUCUUCUAUGGACAUGGACUGGGAACUCCCAUUUUCCUCCAUGCUCUGGGAAGCAGAGAACGAAGUAGCUUGGAUGAGAAGUUUGAACGAUGACUCGCGGGUCAAGCGCCUAAGAGAGUCAGCGACAGACUUCAGUUUGAUUUGCCCUACCACCAAGUCACUAACCUUAGCGAUGCAGUCUCUGAUGAGUGACUCCCCGAGGCCUGCAUUAGUUACCGCCCUGGCAGCGUCACCUUUCACCACUCUCUUCGUUUUGACCAGCAUCGACGCUUUGGUUCGGGACUUCACACGCUCCUACUACCAACUUCCCCCCAAUCUGGCCGACCCCUCAGCCUAUCACAUUCUCACGCAGACCCAGACGCGGCAGGUUGUUGCCGCGCUGAAACACAUUCUGCGGCUCUCAACCGAUCAAGACAUCCACUGGGAUGCGAAAAACCAGCCACUUUGGACAACUAUCCAGCGGAUGGUGCUGGACGUGAGAAUAUCCCUCUGUAAGCCAGAUGAUCUGCUGAUUGGCGGGAUCGUCGACAGCAACAUCUUCGCCGGAUUGGCCACGGCAACACACUUGGCUCUAGGCCAAUAUUCUGGCUCAAGGCGGUCGCUGCAGUCGCUCCUCGACAAUAUCACAGGCGACGACGUCAUUCUUGUGAUGCUUGAUGAUAUCUCCGAUGUUAUUCACCAAGUCCUCGGGGAGAAUCGCCAUGAUGCAUUUUCUGAGGCACCCUGGACGUCCGUAGCAACCUACCGCGUGAUCCUCACUGUAUGGCGGUCUCUGCGAUGGGCUGCUGGCCACGUCCGCGAUAAGAAUGGAGGAGAAGAACCAGUAUCCUCAUUAGAGCGUCGGUUCACUGUACCAAACGUAGUACUGAAUGCGAUCAUGGAGGCUGUUUUGUCCGAGCAAGAACGGAUGGUGCAGCGGACAACAUAUGUUAUGGCCCCCAGUACGAGCGAGGUGCGGUUCAAGGAUGCUGUGUUGCAGUUCUGGAAGGAGAGGAGUGUUUGGGCAAUUGGGCCGUUUAUGGAGAAUCUUGUUGCUGAUCCGGCUUGUGAUUCAUUCGCGCUUUUGCCUGUAGAA